GCGCCGCGGCCCAGUCGUCGCCGACCACGCCGACGCAACUGCUGAAGACCAAGCCGUUUCGGACAAUUUCGCUGAGGACCCGCAGACCGUUGUUCAAGCCACUGACGACCGGGUCGUAGCCGACCGAGCGGCUGGCCAGGUCGCGGAGGACAAGGUCGCUGAGAGCCGAGCCGCUGACCAAGCCGCUGAGGGCCAGGUCGUCGCCAACCAGACCGACAAGGCCGCUGAGGGCCAUGCGCAGGCCGCCUCGGACACCAUGGUCGCUGAGGACCAGACCGCGCCACCUCUGGACACCACGGUCGCUGGCGACAUG